AUGGCUGUUGAAGUGGUGAUCAUGAAUCCGGCGUCGAAGGAGGAAAAGGACGAGGAGGAGCUGUCCGAAGAACAGAUCCAGAGUCUGUUGCUAGAAGCUGAAACAAGGUUGAAGAAGGUUUCUCACAGCUCAGGCAAAAAGGACUAUGACGAUGGAGUCAUCUCCCUCGCUACCGGAGAGGUCGAUGACUCCGCAUCACGGCCGAGAAUUCCGAAUCUAAACCAUACGCAAUCAAUCCAGCCGUAUGUUCAGCAGUCUAAUAGCAUUGCUGUUAUCGAUAAAUCCAAAUUGGUCCCCGAGUCAACAAAGAAGCUUGCUGAGACUAUCCACACAGUGGAACAGCCGUUGGUCAAGAAUAAGGAAAAACCAAACUCAGGGCCAAAGUGGUUCAAUCUGCCCAAAACUGUAGUCACGCCUGAGUUAAAGCGGGACCUUCAGAUACUUCGCAUGAGAUCUGUGCUUGAUCCUCACCGCCACUACAAGAAGGAGAACGCCUGGUUCACAACGCCAGGACUUUGGGCUCGCCGAUCAUUGAGCGAACAUGUCCUCAACGGCCUGCGAGACAAGUUUCUACAGGAUUGGGCAACAAGCUUUUCGGCCAGCUUCCAGCACUUCCUCAUGGUUGGCCUUGCCUUCAUCAACAAUAACGUUGAGCUCUUCUACCGUCGAUUUUUGAAGGAGACGGUCAUCACCACGAGGCGCUGGUGA